AAAGUUUGUACUCACACUCUUUGUUUUCAUUCCCAUUAUUCGUUUUCUUGGAUCUGAUCUUCUUCUUGGCUGAAAAUCAGACAAGAUUGACACAGAUUGCAUUACAAAUUGUGAUUAAAGUAUACUUAAAUUAACUGCACGCCAGGAUGCCGAUUAACCAGAAAGAGGUAACGCCGCAAUUAGACAGUCAGACAGGUGAGGAUCAGGGGGAGGAGGAGGAGCAGCCGGACGACGAGAAUCGUCUGGAGAAGUUUACGGUGCGUCUUAAUGGACAACAUGACCUGGAGCAGCGUUUAAAGGAUUUUAAAGCGGCAUGCGAGGCUCACGAGAAGCACGCCAGACGGCGAAAGCGGAAGCGAUACUACCAUUUGGGUCUUGUGGCCAAGCUGGUGACGGAAACCACUCACGACGAGCUGCGACGUAUGCUGGAAAAUGGAACCUACACCUUUCACGUGGAUACGGUGGGCAACAAGCCCGAUGAACUGAAAGCCAUUUUGGACACCAUGAACAUCGCCAUUUCGGCGCAUUCUGCAGAGAGGGAACUACGUCUGACAACUGGCCUGGCCCUGGAGAUUAACGGCGAGUGCUGUCGCGUUGGCAGGCUGCGGAACAACUGCACCGUGAUGCUGGCACGAGGUGGAGUGGUCACACUCACCACGGAUGAGUCUUACCGCUACAAAGGCUUUAAGGAAAUAGUGUACGUGAUCAAUCUGCGGUGUUAUCUCGCCUCCGUUCAGUUGGGCGAUAUUGUGCUGAUCGGACGCGAAGUUAGGGGUAAGGUGGUGAAGACACUGCGGGAAGCACUAACCGUGAUGAUCAUAGAUGCCGGUCUGGUAGCCUCCUACGACUUUAUAGAGCUCCCUAGACAGUGCCACGCUCUGGAUCCCGACCUAUAUCCCGAUCUGUACAUGAAGGACCUUGAGAUGGCCGCGUCUUUGAAUGCCAACUAUGUGGUUCUGCCCAAGAUACGAUGCAAGAGCUUUCUGCGUGCCGUGCGGCAGACCUUGAACUCCGAUUUCAACCUAAAGUUGAUCGGAAUGAUAGAUUUCGAGUAUGUGCGGAGCAACAUGCUUGAUUUGCUAGGCAUCAUAAAGCUGGUGGACUACAUUUGGAUACCGGACAUGUUCAACGUAAACUGUUGCGUGUAUAACUACAUUAUGGAGGACGUGCUUCCCAUUUCGCAGUGCCAAAAGAAGCCAGUAAUUGGCACGGUUCCGCUGGAGCGUUGCAGCGAUUUUAAGCGAUUUGAGUUGCACGAUUUCCUGUGGAAGGUCGACGCUAUUCACAUCCAAAAAAGUCCAUGGUGCAACAAAUAUCCGCUGAUAGUCAAAAAACUGAUGCCCAUAAAAGAUUACCGUGUUGGCGCAGUCCAGAAUAAGAUGGUACUGAAGAGCAUCCUAACCUCAUACCAGACCAUAGUGAAUUUUAUAAUCCGCACAAUUAGCUCAAUUGAGUGUCAAGCCAUAUUUUUGUUCACCACUUGCGAGACCGCCAGCGUGGCCCUUUCGCGCAUUGAGAUCUAUUGCCCAGUAUAUGUGAUGGUGCCGCUGGAGGAGACAGAUGAUGCGGAAACCAUUACCUGCAAGGUGGAGCUCGCUCGUGCGCUUCAUUUGCGCCGUAACAUGCACCCGGUUCUUUACACUAAGGAUCUCAACGAGUGCAGCUACAGUCCUAUUGAGUUUGGAGUGGACUUUAUGAGGAAGAAGGGCUGCUUGGAGGUUGGAGACUUUGUCGUUACCCUGGAGGUGGGCAAAGAGGAUAAGGAUAACGUGGUCAUCGGCAUAGGAGAGGAUAUUUGCAUACUGCGGGCAUUCUACGUGUCGCCACUCUUUGCCUGCGAGAAGUUUAAGUACGGUGGAUAACUUUACGGCGUGCAGUUGUGCAGAUUACACAGAUAAUUAACUCUAAAUUAAAUGUAUCUUAUGCCAACAACUCACUCUUU